GCCCGGGAGCUCCGGCCCUCGCCGCUGCCGCCGCGCACGUGCGGCUGCCGCCACUCGCCCAGCCUACGCCCGCAGCCGCUUUGUUGCCCGCCAACGCCGGCACCAUGCACACCCCGGGCUCCGUCGGCUCAGGCGACACACGCGCGGUGGACAUCAUGGACAUCUGUGAGUCCAUCCUGGAGAGGAAGCGGCAUGACAGCGAGAGGUCUGCAUGUAGCAUGUUGGAGCAGACGGACAUGGAAGCCGUUGAGGCUCUUGUGUGCAUGAGCUCCUGGGGUCAGAGAGCCCAGCAGGGUGACCUGCUAAAGAUAAGACCUCUCACCCCCGUCUCUGACUCCGGCGACAUGGCCACCACUGUGCUUGUGGAUGCACCUGUGCCCGAGCUACCAAAGGACUUACAUUCUUUCUCAACGCUGUGUAUGACGCCUCCUCAGAGCCCGGACCUCAUGGAGCCAUCACCAGGGGCACCAGUUCCUCCCCGGGCAACGCAUUCCAAAGCACACACUGACUUCGCCCCUGCCUCAGUAGCCAAAGCACUAGGGAGGAGGGCAGAACAAGAAUCACCAGGACGGAAACUCAAGCUGCCUGAGCCCUGCAGGGCCGUAGUGACAAGUGUGAUCAGACACACUGGGGAGUGUUCUGCUCUUGCUGGUUCCCCCACUACACAGCCCGGAGGACAGCUGGCUACAGCCAUGAUUGGGGUGGGAGAGGUACAGUUUCCGGGCCUGUCUGAAGCCCCCCAGGAUGUACUUCUCCAGGACAGCUUUCUCCAUGCCAGCUCCACUUCCAGCCAACCUUGUUCGCACAAGCCUGGUAGCCCUCUCCCCAUGGACAGAGACCAGCAGCCAGGGUGGCCCAGCCUAGAGGCCUGUUCACUGAAGAGUCCCAACAGUGACCUGCCAAGGAAGAGCAGCCCCCAGCCUGGCCCUCUGGUGUCCAUGCCUCUUUCCAGCACCCCUGUUCUCUGUCAGAUGGUCCCCAUGCCUGGACAGGCGGGGGUGUUGCCAGCUUUCCUCAAGCCCCCUGUGCCCGUGGCCUCAGGGCCUGGCAAACCCAUCCUGCCCCAAGCCAUGCCUGCGUCUACACCCCAUCCUGUGUUGUUGAGCCCUCCCGUACCUGUCCCCAUGCCUGUGCCUCAGGGAGCUGUUAUGCUGGUCCUGCCCCCACCCACCCUGUCCCCGGCCGCCAGCUGCCCAGCCAGUGUCAUGGCUGUGGGUGGCCCAAAGCUGCUGCCCCUUGCCCCCGCACCCGUGUUCUUCACCUCCAGCCAAAGCUGUGCCCCUCAGGUUGAUUUUUCCCGGAGAAGAAACUACAUGUGCGACUUCCCAGGCUGUCGCAAGACCUACUUCAAGAGCUCACACCUCAAGGCUCACCUGCGCACACACACAGGGGAGAAGCCUUUCAGCUGCAGCUGGGCGGGCUGUGAGAAGAAGUUUGCACGUUCUGAUGAACUGUCACGCCACCGCCGCACACACACGGGGGAGAAGAAGUUCGCAUGCCCAGUGUGCGAGCGGCGCUUCAUGCGCAGUGACCACCUGACCAAGCAUGCACGGCGUCACAUGAGCACCAAGAAGGUCCCGGGCUGGCAGGCAGAGGUGGGCAAGCUGAAUGGAGGUGUAGCAGCCGAGAGCCCGGCCAGUUCCACGGUGCCUGCGCCCACCUCACCCUGAGUGCCCGCUCCAAAGGGUCCCAGUCCAGUCUUUGAGCCCUCGUCCCAAGCCAGGGAGUCCCCUGUGCUGCUUUGGGUCAGGUUGGCAGAAGCCAGUUCCGACAUGAGUUGUUCACUUCUUUUCUGUUUGGGACCCUGUUCCGUCCAUAUCCUUUGCAGUUUCACGGUAUUUUUUUGUUUAAGGAAAUGGGGAAGAUUGAUGAUCAAAAUCACCAGCAUUCACACAACAAUUUUGGCAGUAAAGUUUACAAAAUCUGGAUUUUUACAACCUUUUUAUUCAUGUUUUGUAGAAAUAAGACAGGGUACUAAUUUUAUACUGUUUUUUUAUAAAAAUAUUUAUAUUGUUGGUGCUCACAUCACCAGCUUCUAGAUAGCUCACAUCCAGCCUUCGUUUCAGUGUUUAAUAACAGUUCUGUAGUGACCUUGCUUUUAGUCAGCAUGGCACAUAUAUCAGAAGAGGAGCCCAAGUUUGUGUCCAGACCUUUUUGAGCUGAGAGUUUGGAUUGAGAAUGGGGUGAUGGCCUCUGCAAAAGCAGGGAAGGCCAGGUCCUACCGCCCUGGAGGUGGGGCUCCCAGCAUGUUGGGGUGCUGGUGUCCUCGGGCCAAGGAAGAGCAAUUUGUGCCUGAGGUGUUUCAUUUGGCCUGCUGCCUGGUCUUGUGUCCCCUGACCUCAGGGGACAGUGUGGCUUCACUCAGCUCUAGCUGGGGCAGCUGCGUGGGAAACAGGCGUUGUGUCGGUGGGACAGGUUGGCGGGGCUCUCAAGCCAGGAGCUGUGGUUCUGGUUCUGGCUCCAGCUCCUAUUGGGAUUCCUCCACUAGGUGUGAAGACUAGGGAGCUCGAGGUCCACUGCUGGCUGUGUCGCCUCCUGUAUGAAUGAAGGAGUCCUGAGUGGGAGACACUGACCUACAGGCUUGAGCAGCUGAGCCCAUGCUGCUGCCACCACCCGGCUCAGUCGAGAAAUGGAGUCGGGCAUGGUGGUGUAUGCCUGUAAUUCCAGCACUCGGGAGGCUGAGGCAGGAGGAUUGUUGCAAGUUCAA